GUUAGGUGUCGGUACAGUGUUUCCUGGUGACACGCGGUGGUCUUGAUCUUGCGAGUCACACAAAGAGAAUGAACACUGCGAGUGUUGUGAAAGUUUUCACAGACCAAAUCGUCUCAUGCCCACAACAGACAACGGAAGCUAAGUAAUGUAUCGCAGGUCGAGGUUCACGUACUCGUCUCUCUGAUUGGUUGAAGCUGCUUUUGAGUAGAAUGAAUGAAACCCGAUUUCGGAGCUUGCCACACCUGUUACGCUGUGUGGAGCUUUACUCUCUAACGUGAGAGGUUGAAAAGUCAACAAAUAUGGCGGCGCUGUUUAGGUGCGUGGUCCAGGGAAGAGCUAUCCCUUUUUCAAGAGGGUUUGCAGUUCUAUCGCGACGAGUUAUCACUGAGUCUUUGCCUCAGACGCAACAUGUGCGAUGUAUGGGAGGCAAUGUCCCAUCUCACUGGAAGAGCGACGCACAGAUUGCAGAAGAAAACAAAGUGACCAUGACCUAUCACCCUGUACCUGAGGGGUCAUGGCAGGAGGGGUACAGCCGACGAAAUGCCAAGUGGAACAUCAUGCUGGGGGCCAGUGCUGCUGUCCUUGGAUUGACAUAUUUUGUGCUAUGGAAGUCAGGAGCUGUAUAUCUUCACAGCACGCCUCCAUUACGCAAGGGCAAGAGCUCAGAUGGUGCAGCUGGAGUUAUACCAUCAGGCACAUCAGAAAAAUCACCAGAGACAGAAGCAGCACCGGCAGGGAUUGACUGGAGCACGGUCCCCGACAUCCCCAGCCACGCCCAGUACCUCCUUAUAGGGGCGGGGACAGCAUCCUUUGGCGCUUUCAGGGCCAUCAAGUCCAGGGACCCCAAGGCCCAGGUGCUCCUGAUCGGCGAGGAGAAUCGCAUCCCCUACAUGCGUCCGCCGCUGUCCAAGGAGAUGUGGUUCAGCGAGGACAAGGAAGGUGUGCAGAAGCUGAGAUUCAAGCAGUGGAACGGAAAGGAGAGAAGCCUCUUCUUCGAACCAGACAGCUUCUAUGUGGAACCAAAGAAACUAUCACACCAAGAUAAUGGUGGUGUCGCAAUUCUACAAGGGAGGAAGGUGACAAAGCUUGAUGCUUCAAAGAAGAAAGUAUGGUUGGACAAUGGAUCAGAAAUCAACUUUGACAAGUGCCUAAUUGCAACAGGAGGCAAACCCCGUAACUUGCCGGUGUUGGAGAGAGCGGGGAAAGAAGUCAAUCGGAGGACAAACUUGUUCCGUUCUAUCAGUGACUUCCAGCAUCUGGACGAAGCAACACGAAAGGCUAAAUCGGUGGUUGUAGUUGGUGGGGGUUUCCUCGGCAGUGAGCUGGCUUGUGCCCUGGGAAAACGAGGCAAGAAGAAUGGAAUGAAGGUGUAUCAAGUGUUUCCUGAAGCAGGUAACAUGGGCCGUGUGCUGCCAGAGUACCUCAGCAACUGGACCACCAAGAAGGUACAAGCAGAGGGUGUGAAUGUCAUCACUAACAGUCUUGUAAAUUCUGCUGAGUUUCUCAACAACGAGGUUGUCCUGGGUCUGAAUAAUGGAAGCAAAGUGAGUGCGGAGCAGGUAGUGGUAGCGGUGGGUCUGGAACCCAACGUGGAGCUUGCAAAGACGUCCGGCCUGGAGCUGGAUGAAUCUCAUGGCGGCUUCCGCGUCAACGCUGAACUGGAGGCGAGAUCAAAUGUGUGGGUGGCUGGUGAUGCUUCCUGUUUCUAUGACAUUCGGCUGGGACGGCGCCGCGUCGAGCAUCACGACCACGCAGUUGUCAGCGGGAGACUGGCAGGGGAGAACAUGACGGGGGCAGCCAAACCCUACUGGCAUCAGUCCAUGUUCUGGUCAGACCUUGGUCCGGAGGUUGGGUAUGAAGCUAUUGGGAUUGUGGACUCCAGUCUGCCGACAGUAGGAGUGUUUGCCAAAGCAACUGCACAAGACACACCUAAAGCUGCUGUUGAGGAGAGUGGGGAGGGACUUCGCUCAGAGGCAGAACAGAAGGCCAAGCCAUCCUUCAUUCCUUCUCCACAACCAAAGGCCCCACAAGAGGGCGAGGACUUUGGCAAGGGCAUUGUCUUCUAUCUGAAGGAUAAAAUCAUUGUUGGCAUUGUGCUGUGGAAUGUCUUCAACAAGAUGCCCAUUGCCAGAAAAGUUCUCCGUGAUGGGGGUGAAAAUGAAGAUCUCUACGAAGUGGCCAAAUUGUUCAACAUUCAUGAAACAUCUUCAUGAUAACUAGUUUCCAUUCUGUAUGAUUGAUUGAAAAUGAUUGUUUUCUUCAUAUGUGUGAUUAAUCUGAAAGUGUGCUUUCAGUGAUGAGGUUUUUCUGAUGUACAAAAUAAAUACUCCUGUUUUCCUCUUUUCUCCGUUGGACGUCACUUCUGCUGUCUGCACCAUCUGAUCAUGGGUAGACACUGUGGUUAGGGUAGACACUGUUGAAGAUGCUUGCACUUCAAUACACCUAUAUUUGGUCCAUCACCUGAUGAUACAAUUUGUGUGAACAAAUAUUGUGGUUAAGAUUAUGACUGACCCAAUUAUUAGGUACUGACCCAAAUGAUGUUCUUGCCAUUUUGAACAAAUAUGAUGUCACUUUUUCAAUUAUGCAGGAUUUUCUUCAAAAUCAAGGAAAAAAGUAAAAAUCUUCCUCCCAGCAGACCCAUAUCAUCCUUGGACCUUUUUUAAUUAUUAUUAUUUGGUUUACAAACCAAAAAUCAAUGAGGUGGUCGAAAAAUUAAAGAAAACAAUAUUUUCAACUUCCAGAUUAGUACUGUUUCUCAUAAAUGAAAAACAAACAGAAAAGUAGAACACGAUGUUUCUGGGAGCUCCGUUGCAUGUGUGACAAGAGAGUUAACUUGUAGGGCCCACCAUCAUGGGAGUACAAUGUGAAGCAAUGCCAAUACCAAAGAAAGUUAUUAUUUUUGGUUCGAAUAAAGAUUAUAUAUGUAAUUUGCACCAUUUCUUACAAACAGCAGUGAUAAAAACUCGUCGAUUUUUCAUUUCCC